AGCAGGCAGCAGGCGGCGGCAGGCGGAGCGCGGCCCGGACAUGCUGGCCCCGCGGGGCCCCCGCGCCGCCGCCCGCCCGCGCCCCUAGCGCCCCCGCCCGGACCCGCUGCGCUCUCCCCGCUGCGGCCGCGUCCCAGCGAGCGGCGGCGGCAUGAAAGUGACCGUGUGCUUCGGGCGGACCCGGGUGGUCGUGCCGUGCGGGGACGGCCACAUGAAAGUUUGCAGCCUGGUGCAGCAGGCGGUGACCCGCUACCGGAAGGCCAUCGCCAAGGAUCCAAGCUACUGGAUACAGGUGCACCGCUUGGAGCAUGGAGACGGAGGGAUACUAGACCUGGAUGACACCCUCUGUGAUGUAGCAGACGAUAAAGACCGACUGGUAGCUGUGUUUGAUGAGCAAGACCCACAUCAUGGAGGUGAUGGCACCAGCGCCAGCUCCACAGGGACCCAGAGUCCAGAAAUAUUCGGGAGUGAGCUUGGUACCAACAAUGUGUCCGCCUUUCAGCCUUAUCAAGCAACAAGUGAAAUUGAGGUCACACCCUCAGUCCUUCGCGCAAACAUGCCUCUUCAUGUCCGAAGAAGCAGUGACCCAGCGUUAAUUGGCCUCCCAACAUCCGUCAGUGACAAUGACUUCUCUGAAGAACCGUCCAGGAAAAACCCCACUCGCUGGUCCACCACAGCUGGCUUCCUCAAGCAGAACACUGCCGGCAGUCCCCAAACCUCUGAUCGGAAGAAAGAUGAAAACUACAGAAGCCUGCCCAGGGAUACCAGCAAUUGGUCCACCCAGUUUCAGCGAGACAGUGCCCGCACCUCUCUGAGUGCCAGUCACCCCAUGGUGGACAAGUGGUUGGAGAAACAAGAACAGGAGGAGGAUGGGCUGGCAGAAGACAGUAGCCGAGUGGAGCCAGUGGGGCACGCCGACACCGGCUUGGAGAGUGUAACCAGCUUUUCUCUGGAUGAUUUGGUAAAGCUCGUACAAGUCUCCAACGAUGGAGGGCCUCUGGGAAUCCAUGUAGUGCCUUUCAGUGCGCGAGGCGGCAGAACCCUGGGGUUAUUAGUGAAACGCUUGGAGAAGGGUGGUAAAGCGGAGCAAGAAAACCUUUUUCAUGAGAAUGACUGUAUUAUACGGAUUAAUGACAAGGACCUUCGGCAUAAAAGAUUUGAAGAAGCACAAUGUACGUUUCGCGAAGCCAUGUGUGCACCCAUCAUUUGGUUCCAAGUGAUUCCUGCGACAAACAAAGAGCAGUAUGAACAAGUGUCCCAGAGUGAGAAGGGCAGCUGCUACUCCAGCCGCUUCGGCCCUGACAGCCAGUACUCGGACAACAGGAGCGUGACCAGCACCGGGCCUCACGUGCUGCCUCGAGCGUCCAGACUGAACCCCCCGCCCGAGCACGCGGACGCCCCCCCGAGACUACCUCAUGGCACACACCCCUCGGCAAAGCCCCCCGCGGCCCCCGCCCCGCACAGUGUAUUUAGUCCGAGUGCAAGCAGCGGUUACAACACCAAAAAAGUGGGCAAGAAGCUCAAUAUCCAACUUAAGAAAGGUACGGAAGGCUUGGGGUUUAGCAUCACUUCCAGAGAUGUGACCAUUGGUGGCUCGGCUCCAAUCUUUGUGAAGAACAUUCUACCCCGAGGAGCCGCCAUCCAGGAUGGCCGGCUGAAGGCUGGGGACCGGCUCAUAGAGGUGAACGGAGUGGACUUGGCAGGCAAAUCCCAGGAGGAAGUGGUCUCCCUGCUGAGAAGCACCAGGAUGGAGGGGACUGUGAGCCUGCUGGUCUUUCGCCAGGAAGAUGCCGCCUUUCACCCGAGGGAACUGAAUGCAGAGCCAAGCCAGAUGCAGAUUCCAAAAGAAACGAAAGCCGAAGAGGAGGAUAUUGUUCUCACCCCCGAUGGCACCAGGGAGUUUCUGACAUUUGAAGUUCCACUUAAUGACUCAGGGUCUGCUGGUCUCGGUGUCAGUGUCAAAGGGAACCGGUCCAAAGAGAACCAUGCGGAUUUGGGAAUCUUCGUCAAGUCCAUUAUCAAUGGAGGAGCGGCAUCUAAAGAUGGGAGGCUGCGGGUGAACGAUCAACUGAUAGCAGUAAAUGGAGAAUCCCUGUUGGGCAAGACAAACCAAGAUGCCAUGGAAACCCUAAGAAGAUCUAUGUCCACUGAAGGAAAUAAACGAGGAAUGAUCCAGCUCAUUGUGGCAAGGAGAAUAAGCAAGUGCCAAGAGCUGAGGUCACCUGGGAGCCCCCCUGGACCUGAGCUGCCCAUCGAAACUGUGCUGGACGACAGGGAGCGAAGGAUUUCUCAUUCCCUCUAUAGCGGGCUCGAGGGGCUCGACGAGUCUCCCACCAGAAACGCUGCACUCAGCAGGAUAAUGGGUAAAUACCAGCUGUCCCCCACCGUGAAUAUGCCCCACGAUGACACUGUCAUUAUAGAGGAUGACAGAUUACCUGUGCUCCCUCCUCAUCUCUCUGACCAGUCCUCUUCCAGCUCCCACGAUGAUGUGGGAUUCGUGACAACAGAUGCUGCUGCGUGGGCUAAGGUGGCAAUCAGCGAUUCAGCCGACUGCUCUUUGAGUCCUGACGUGGAUCCAGUUCUAGCGUUUCAGCGGGAAGGAUUUGGACGCCAGAGUAUGUCAGAAAAACGCACAAAGCAGUUUUCAGAUGCCAGUCAAUUGGAUUUCGUUAAAACACGAAAAUCAAAAAGCAUGGAUUUAGGUAUAGCUGACGAGACUAAACUCAAUACAGUGGAUGACCAGAAAGCAGGUUCCCCCAGCAGAGAUGUGGGACCCUCCCUGGGUUUGAAGAAGUCAAGUUCCCUAGAGAGUCUGCAGACUGCAGUUGCCGAGGUGACGCUGAAUGGGGACAUCCCCUUCCAUCGCCCGCGACCACGGAUCAUCAGAGGAAGAGGUUGCAAUGAGAGCUUCCGUGCUGCCAUUGACAAGUCCUAUGAUAAGCCUGUGAUGGAUGACGACGAUGAAGGCAUGGAGACUUUGGAAGAAGACACAGAGGAGAGUUCUCGGUCAGGGAGAGAGUCGGUGUCCACAGCCAGUGACCAGCCGUCUCAUUCUCUGGAGAGACAUGUGAACGGGAACCAAGAGAAAGGGGACAAGGCUGACCGGAGAAAGGACAAAACUGGAAAGGAGAAGAAGAAAGACCGAGAAAAGGACAAGGAUAAGAUGAAAGCCAAGAAGGGGAUGCUGAAGGGCUUGGGAGACAUGUUCAGGUUUGGCAAACAUCGAAAAGAUGACAAGAUUGAGAAAACGGGUAAAAUAAAAAUGCAGGAAUCCUUUACGUCAGAAGAGGAGAGGAUUCGAAUGAAGCAGGAGCAGGAGAGGAUCCAAGCCAAAACUCGAGAAUUUAGAGAGCGACAAGCCCGGGAGCGUGACUAUGCUGAGAUCCAAGAUCUUCAUCGGACGUUUGGCUGUGAGGACGAGCUGAUGUACGGGGGGCUGUCGUCUUACGAGGGGUCCGUGGCUCUCAACGCCGGGCCACAGAGUCCCCGAGAAGGACACAUGAUGGAUGCUUUGUACGCACAAGUGAAGAAGCCUCGGAAUUCCAAAGCUUCCCCCGUGGACAGCAACAGAUCGACUCCUAGCAACCACGAUCGGAUACAGCGUCUGCGGCAAGAAUUUCAACAAGCAAAGCAGGAUGAAGAUGUUGAAGAUCGGAGACGGACCUACAGCUUUGAGCAGCCCUGGCCCGGCUCCCGGCCAGCAGUGCAGAGCGGCAGGCACUCUGUGUCCGUGGAGGUGCAAGUCCAGAGGCAACGGCAGGAGGAGCGCGAGAGCUUCCAGCAGGCCCAGCGCCAGUACAGCUCGCUGCCUCGGCAGAGCAGGAAGAACGCCAGCUCAGUGUCCCAGGACUCCUGGGAGCAGAACUACCCGCCUGGAGAGGGCUUCCAGAGCGCCAAGGAGAAUCCCCGGUACUCCAGCUACCAGGGCUCCCGGAAUGGCUACCUGGGCGGCCACGGCUUCAACGCCAGGGUCAUGCUGGAGACCCAGGAGCUCCUGCGCCAGGAACAGCGGCGGAAAGAACAGCAGAUGAAGAAGCAGUCCCCACCCGAGGGCCCCAGCACCUAUGACUCAUAUAAGAAAGUCCAGGACCCCAACUGUCCCCCACCCAAGGGGCCCUUCCGGCAGGAUGUGCCCCCGUCCCCCUCUCAGGUCGCCAGGCUAAACAGACUCCAGACUCCUGAGAAGGGGCGGCCCUUCUACUCCUGAGCACGGAUGGCGAUGCUUCACGUCAUGCAAUAAAGGACACUUUCCUACGAAGACUUGUAUUUUGGGAGUUUUUAAAAAAAAAAAAAAAAAACCUCGAUGGUACUGUGGAAUAUUUCUGUUGUUGGUAUCAGUGCCUUUUCGCAAUGUAGGCAAAGAAGUAGGCGGCCUUAAUGUCUUUGCCACUGCAUCUCAAGUGUCUGCUUCGUGGAAGGAUCUCACCCUGACAAUCAUCCCUCCGAGGCGUCCCUACCCUCUGCAGCUCUCUGUGCCCCAGGGUCUGGCCUAGGCGUACAAUGGCCAUGGCUUUGUUCCUGCAGCCCGCUGACUUGGGGCAAAGCAUUAACUUGAAGCCAAGAUGUCAUUGAUCCCUCUUUUCCAUCCCUUGUCUCUUACCUCUGAGCAGCAUCUCAGUCUCUGGUGGGCAAAAGUGGACAGCGUGCUACAGAACCUGGGGCUUUCUGAAACUUUCCAGCACAGUGCUUUAUUUGUAGUCAGUAUGAAUUUCUAGUUUCUUUCUCAGCUCCUUGUAACAGGAACGCUUUGUCAUUCGACUGAAGACACUAAGCCAUAUUCCAACACUGAUUGGUUAUUGGGGUCCUUUUGUAACUGCCUUAUAACUUCACCAAUAAAGUGAUGAUUCAAGUCUAUGUUUAUAAAUAUACUUGUUCAGUCACUUUCUUGAUGCGUGUUGAGUCAGCAGAACAGAGGGGACAGGGAUAUGGGAGUGACCCGGGAGGAGGACCGGGCCUGCCUUGGGCCCUGGGUGCACUGUAGGGAAGGAAGGAGCUGAGAGAGGAAUGCUCCCAGGUGGAACUGUGAGCCAUACACUCACGCAGUAUUUUAAUCCCUUUUUGUUGUGGCCAGAAGGGCAGAGAAUGAGAGAUACAUAAAUCAGUCAUGUUUGGAUUAUAAAAAUUGAUCUCUCUACAGUUUUGAGGUUGGUUGGAAUUGAUAUCUGUCUAGCACAUCCACACGCUGGAUCCCUGCCUGGUAACAUGGUCUUACUAAAUAAUUCUGCCAUGAAACAUAAAAAGACAAGGAAAAGCCAUUCCACAUCACACAGAACAUUUUGAUGUUCUGAAGCAGGGUUGACAGAAGCUCGCUGUGGGGUCAGUAUUUUAAUGCGUGUGUGGGUCUCUGGCCCCUGGCCGCCCUCUUUUCCACCCGAAGGUCUGAAUGUCCUGUAUGGUAAACCAUGGCUGGGUUGCUAAAGUGCCUGUGAAUCCUGAUGUGAAACAGAAGCUUGAGGUGAAAGCUCAGAGUACCGUGUAUUAACAAAUAAAAUAAAACAAAGAUAUGUAUUGUAUUGAUAUGCUUUUUUUUUUUUUUUUUUUUUUUACUGGCACAUUGUAUUUUUGUGUCCACUUGUUUUUAGAAAAUCUGUGAGGUGUCCACAAAUACCUGCAUCUCCUUUGCGUUUCUGUGUACUGGUUCUAUUUGUUAAUAAUGUGCAGUGCUAUUAAACCGUGUCACCAGAGUGGGAGCGACAACCUUGAACAUAGCGGCUCUUUCUUGCGGUCUUCAAAGCUGGGAGAAACAGCUUUCUUUGUACAUAUGAGACUUCUAAUAAAAGGUGUAUUUCUUCCUGGCCUA